AUGGGAAUUCAAACUUUAAAACACGGUAACUUCAAAAGAGCGCGAGAUUACUUCCACUUAGCAUUGAAUGAAGCCAAAGAAGGCGGAAACAAAGAAUUUAUAGGAACUGUAUAUAACAACCUUGGCCAUGCCUAUGAAUCUCUCGGUGAGUUCAGGAGAGCAAUCGAGUUUUAUCGGCUGAGUCUACCUAUCGCAAAAGAGACUGGAGACAAAGGUUUGAAGGGCGCAGUAUAUAACAACUUUGGCCAUGCCUAUAGUUUUCUCGGUGAGUUCAGGAGAGCAAUCGGUUUUUUUCAGCUAAGUCUACCAAUCGCAAUAGAGACUGGAAACAAAGAUUUGCAGUGCAGAGUAUAUAUCAACCUUGGUCGUUCCUAUAGUUCUCUCGGUGAGUUCAGGAGAGCAAUCAAGUUUUAUCAGUUAAGUCUACCUAUCGCAAUAGAGACUGGAAACAAAUAUUUGAAGUACAGAGUAUAUAGCUCCCUUGGCGGUACCUAUGACUCUCUCGGUGAUUCCAUGAAACAAGUCGAGUUUUAUCAGCUGAGUCUACCUUUCGCAAUAGAGACUGGAAACAAAGGUUUAAAGGGUUCAGCAUAUAACAACGUUGGUUCUACCUAUCUCUCUCUCGGUGAUUUCAAGAAAGCAGUCGAGUUUUUGCAGCUUAGUUUACGUCUUGCAGUAGAGACUGGAGACAAACGUUUGAAGGGCACAGUAUAUAACAACCUUGGGGUCGUCCGUGCCUGUCUCGGUGAUUUCGAGAAAGCAAUCGACUUUUUUCAGCUGAGUCUACCUAUAACAAUAGAGACUGGAAACAAAUGUGAUGAAGGACGUGUAUAUAACAACCUUGGCCAUGCCUAUGAAUAUCUCGGUAAUGUGAGGAAAGCAAUCGAGUUUUGUGAGGCGGGUCUAAAUGUCUUAACAGAGACUGGAAACAAAGUUGAGCAAGCAGUCUCAUAUUACAGCCUCGCUUGGCUUUCAUUUCUUGAUGGCGACUUAUUUAAAGCCGAGGAGUCUUGUAAAUCCUCAAUAAAACUUUUUGAGGAAAUUAGGGCUCUUUUUCAAGGGAAAGACGAGUGGAAAAUCAUGUUUCGGGAUCAAUAUGAUGAACCUUUUACUUUAUUAUGGCGAGUUCAAUUACGACAAGGCAAGGAGGGUGAGGCGCUUAUCACAGCUGAAGCGGGACGAGCACAAGCUCUUAUGGAUCUCAUGAACUCACAAUAUGGCGUCAGAAAAUCAAUUUGGUCGCCGUCAGAACAGGGCAUGGAGCUGAUAAUGUCCAUUUCGAGCCUUCUUUCAUCACCCACACUUUUUCUAGCGGAAGAAGAUAACAUUAACACAUUACUGAGUUUCUGGUUACUUCUAAAUGGAAAGGAGUUUCAGAUGAUGCAAAAGGAAAUAAAUGGUAACUUGACAUCAUUGAUUCUCCAAACAUACGAAAACAUUGGUGUAAAGAAAGUUGUGGGGAACAAGCCUUUGACAUUACAGGAAGAAGACGAAGGUGCUGCUUUGAAAAGAUUGUAUGACUUGGUUAUCGCUCCAGUUUCACAUCUGAUAAAAGGUGAUGAACUCAUUAUUGUCCCUGACCGUUCGUCAUUCUUGAUUCCUUACGCUGCCCUUGUGAACCAACAUUCCAGGUACUUGUCUGAAACGCUGCGAAUUCGAUUGGUUCCAUCAUUAACAAGCUUACGGCUGCUGGCAGAGUGUCCUGAAGGCCACCAUAGUACAUCUGGUGCACUACUUGUUGGUAAUCCGUGGGUGGAAACUGUACGCAUUAAAGACAACAAACCGUUCCCGCAGCUCCCGGGUGCCGAACAAAAAGCAGAAAUGAUCGGACAGAUUCUUAACAUCAAGCCUCUCACUGGGAAGAACGCUACAAAAGAUCAAGUUUUAAGCCGGCUUAACUCAGUUUCUUUAGUGCACCUUGCAGCCCAUGGUUGUCCAGAAACUGGAGAAAUAAUUUUGUCUCCUAAUCUCACUGAUGCUAUAAGACCGAAAGAGGAAGACUUCCUUUUGACAAUAGCAGAUGUGUUGGACCCACAAUUGCGAGCCAAGCUUGUUGUUUUAAGCUGCUGUUACAGUGCACGAGGGAAGAUAAACGCCGAAGGCGUGGUUGGAAUUGCACCUGCCUUUUUAGGAGCAGGGGCACGCUCUGUUAUUGCGUCACUGUGGGCGCUUAGCGAGGAAGCCACUCUGGAGUUUAUGAAGCACUUUUACGAACAUUUGGUAGCAGGGCAAAGUGCAAGUAAGUCUCUUCAUCAUGCCAUGAAAUGGAUGCGGGAGUCUGAAGAGUUCAAGGCCGUGAAGUACUGGGUGCCAUUCGUGCUGAUUGGCGAUGACGUGACAUUGAAUUUCGAGUCAACGAAAGGUGAGGCCCUCCCUUUAAACUUAGGUAAAACAUUGAUUACGUGUCAAGGUAUGAGAAACAAAAAUUUUAACCUUUGUCUUAUGGAUGCGGUGAGGGUAAAAGGCGGAAUGAGUUUGCGGAAUGGCAUGUGGCAUGGCUUGCGGAAUGACAUAAUUAUGUGGAAUGUAAUAUAUGCAGAAUGA